AUGGGUUCAAGUCGUAGUUACAUGAUGGCUGAGAUCACCGGUCUCAAGGCACUCGACAAGCCAGUGCAGGUCCGGAUACCCACCACCAAUGGAGCUAUCAAGGUUAUGACCCUGCAUCACAAUCUGGCCAUCCGACUGCUAUCCGGAGUGGCGGCUAUGGUACCUGUUACCUGCCUUAGUAACCAGCCUAUCAGCGAGGUCGAACUGCAAUUGUGGACAGCUGCUGUUGGUCCUGACCACGCCCAGGAGGUGGCCCUGAGUGCACCAAAGAAGAUAAAAGAGCUGCAAGAAGGUAGACGGUUCGAGUGGACUAGUGAGAACAUCGAUAAGUACAUUGCCAAGAAGCACGGAGGGCAGUCAGUG